CCAUCGAAUUUCCUACAGUCCGGAAGAAGGGCGACGCAGCAACACAUCCUAUCUAUUGACUACGGAACACUUAUUCCUCGGGGAGCCUGGUUGGACUGGAAAUGUAGCGAGACAGCUGCCACUUUGCGGCAACGCCACUUGCUAACUGCCCUUGAGACAUUGAGGUCUAACUAGCUCAAAGACUCGUACCAGCCACGAUAGAAAUCCCUUGCCAAAUGAUCAAGAAAAUUUCCCCCCCAUUCAGGAAGCCUCCAGCACUGUCAAGUGCGUCUACAAAGCAGCAUUCAAACCCCAGGCCCCCAGAUCAUGUCGACCACUGCGGCCAUCACGGCCAUCACGGCCGUCGCGGUUACCGUAGCCACCGCGACCACGGCGAGAAUCGUGACCCUCACGGACGCCGUGAUCGUCGUAGUCAUCGUAAGUAUGGAGACUGGCAAAACUACGAGGGGGCUCGUACCCCAAGGCCAAAUUUCGAGGUCUCCACAGGACCCGCGGCAUGGUAUCUUCGAAAUCCUCGACGUUAUGCUGCGCGCACCGCGUCGGGUCCGGGGCGCGGGGGUCGGACCUCUCGGGGCAGCCCGAUCGUCGGCACCUCGCGUGAUUUCGACAAAAGUCCGAGUUCUCGACGGACGCGCACCCAAGUCGCCGACACCUCGCGUGGGCCCGGCAAAAGCCCGAGGAGUUGUCGACGGGCCCCUCGGCGCAGCCCGGCCGUCCGCACUUGGCGUGGGAACGGCAGAAGCCCCCGGCAUUCUCGGCGGACCUCUCGCUGCAACCCUCCUCGCCGCAGGCGUGGGCCCGGCAAUACGGCGAGAGCGGCAAGUGGACGCCGAGCAUCAGCAUCGUCUGCGAGAGCGCCAUGCGCACGCGCAGCUGCGGGCAGCCCGCGACGGCGCACUUGUGGUCCGCGCAGUGCUCGCUGAACUGGUGGCGCUCAUUGUUGCAGGCGCGGUGCGAGCAGAUGUGGCCCACGCAGAGCGAGGUUCCAUCGACGACGGGGGCGUCGCAGUCGGGCCGGCGACAACGGGUCUGCAGGUCUGGAUGCCGUGUUAG